AUGAGUUUGUUCCUGACACAAGAUCAACUGGUGUUUACAGAAUUGGUCUCCAGCAUCCAACAUGAACAGGAUGAUCGUGAAUUACAUUGGUUAGUGUCACUGGUUAUACUACCAGAGUUUCCCCAAAUCAUUGAAGCUUUAACAAUUUGCUCAAAUAUGUUGAUGUUUAACUCUCCACAACAGCCUGACCCUAGCAACAAGAUUCAGAAAGGACCCGCUAUAAAACUUCCCGUGUCUUCUGGUACUCAAGACAAUCUUAAAGGUAUCAUUGUACGAGAUGGUGCUUUCAUUACCGAAUUCACAGUAUCUGUCAAAGACCACUAUUUAAACAAGGUGUUCCACAAGUUGAAGUUGAAAAAACCAGUGUUGUUGGAACAAGUGGUCAACGCCAAUAGUGCCAUUGAUGCAGCAAUUAUGUUGAUUAAUCAAUUAUCAGAGUUUACCGAUGUUGAGGAGCUAGAUCAUGACGCUACACAUAAGAAAUUGAUCGAUGUAUUCCAACGUUUAUUGUCGAGUAUACAAACAGCAAAGACGAAUCUACAACUCCCUACAGAUCCAGCGUUGGUGUUCCCUGAAAGAGUAACACGUGGACAAACCUUUGAACCUGAAUUACCAGACACUAUUCCAAUUGAUUUUUAUCUCAACCAAGCAGAAAUUUGUGUCGAUAUAAAAAGUUUGUCCAGAGUAACGGAGAAACCAUGGGGUGAUAUCGAUCCACGUUCCGGGCAAUCAUACGUCGAUAAAGUACGUGACCAAAUGAAACUACCACCCUCCUCUGCCAAUAGUAUCAGGGGCUCAGGACAGAAAGUCCUGUCUUCUGAAGUAAGUUCAAUAGCAAGUGCUACACCCAGUGUUCAUAUGGGAAAAGAUGAAAAUGUGGGCAAUCUGUUCCCUGAUCAAGAUACCAGUGAAAAGCGUGAUACGAGCAGUUUCUUCAAUAACAUGAUGAGCCAUAUACUGUUGAAACCGAAACAUGAUGCUCAAGAUUACAUCACAAGGUGCAUCACUUAUAACAAAAUGGUUGUGAUGAUAAAGACAAAGAUUGAAGUCUCGUCUGAAGAUCCAAUUUUAGUAAGCUGCUUUACGAAAUUGGAUUCAAUUGAGUAUUUGAUUACAAAUUUCUUGCACAGCUUGAGCAAUCUAGUCGGGUGA